GAUAGUCGCUCGUUGAUAAGGCGGCGUUUCCGACGUUUCUGCGCUUGUUUCGACAGUGUCGGCACGUGUGUCAGGACUUCCGCUCUCUUUGUUGCUGUGGGCUGUUGCGUCUUGCUUCUGCACUGUCUCAAGUCCCGAAGGAACGUCCAGAGAAGAGAUGAAGUACAUGACUACAUGCUGUUGCAGUUGCUGCACGGUAGAGACAGGAACCAAAAUACUGAGCAUUUUGGGAGCAAUCUCAUUCACCAUUGUGUUCUGCAGUUCCAUCCCAAACCUUGGAGGCAACGACGACGACAACAAUCCUUUCAAUCUCCGUGGGAUAACUGUGUCUCAAGCUGUGUUCUCUGCCAUCGGUGCUCUGCUGGCUGUCCUUUGCAUGAUGGGGGCAGUUAAGAAGCAGCGUAUGUGGAUCCUCCCAUAUCUGGUGUUCCAAGGGCUUUCUACGGUCUGCAUUGUGAUCAUUUCUACGUUUCUUAUUGUUUCAUUGGGUGCUGUAGCAGCUACUCCUGAAGGGAAGGGAGAUGACCCCAAUACAGUGGACAGCAGGACUGGCUCCUCUCGUAGCGCGUUCGUGCCUUUCCUGAUAUCCGUUACUGUCUUUCUGGUUGUAUACACCAUCUUGAAUCUGUAUUACUUCUUCGUGAUUCUUUCUUACUACAAGGCCCUGGAGAAAGCUGAAUGCUACAACCAGUUUCAGAUGGGGGAUAGGUUGAUGUCCUCUGAUGAGCCUCCUUCUUAUUCUCCUGAAGAUAAGCCCACUCAGCAUUGCCCUUAGAUGGCCACACACAGUUGUGAUCUGGUUGGAUUGUUUUGCGUUUACAUUUUGUGCCACAGAGGAAGUGUGAUCUGAAAGAGGCCUUGUUCCUCAUCCGAAGUGCAGUAUAGUGAUCUCUGUAUACCAUGUGUGUUAGUGUUUACUGUCACACUUGAUGAGUCAAUGGAAUUUCUAGUCACUAUUUCCAAGUUGUGAUGCCUUACAUUUGUCAGCCAUUGUUCACUUUUGUUUCACAGGUCGCGAGACUUGUUGCCACUUGGGACGUAGGCUUGAUUUGGCAUUUUCUUGCAUGUUGUUCUUGCAUUAUGCUGUGUUACUUAUGUUACCCAGUUCAUGCCUUGUCUCAUGCUGGUUAUCGGAUCACCACUUCCAUGUGUUAACUGUUGCAUAGCACGUAUUUUGUUUGUGUGCUCCACAUGUUACUUGACCAGUAAUUCACACUCGGUGCAUAAAUAUUACUCUGUAGCCUGGUCCAAACAGGAAAUGCGCGAGCGUCGCAGCUAAGUUAUUACAACUGCUCAACUUGAGUCAUUAUUAACUUAGGCAAAACUGCUGCCAUAUUUAACAUUGUACACACUUAGAAGCAAGUGCCUUCAAGUUUUCAACUUUUUUUUUGUACUGUUUCUAACCACUGCCAAGAACAUAUUAAAAAGUUAAAAUAAAACACUACGAGAAAAGGU